CUGAAAACGUGGGAAGAAGUUAGGAUCUGUCGACCACCAUGACAAAACUCUACCUGUCUCGUUUUGAAAAGGGGGCCAUCUAAAAAAGACAGCCUCAAAAAGAAACAAAUCGGGAACGAACCAGAAGUGGGAGAAAGAAAGAAAAUAAUUUCAUCAUUAUGUCACUGUUAUAUUCGGUUAUCGCAAGAGGGACCACUGUUCUUGCCAAAUAUGCAGCCUGCUCAGGAAAUUUUCAAGAAAUCACUGAACACAUAUUAUCUAAAAUUGGAACAGAAGACUCAAAAAUGACAUAUACCCAUGCAAAUUACUUAUUUCAUUAUAUCAUUGAGAAGCAAAUCACCUAUCUGUGUAUCACUGAUGAUGACUUUGAAAGAUCAAAGGCUUUUUCUUUCUUGUCUGAGGUCAAAAAGAGGUUUCUGAGGACUUAUCAAGCCAGAGCGCAAACCGCCCUUCCCUAUGCAAUGCAGAGUGAAUUUUCACGUGUGUUGGCAUCUCAAAUGAGGCAUUAUUCCGACCCGAUGACAAGCCGAGAGACUUCAAGCAUGACCCGUGUGGAAGAGGAGCUUGAUGAGCUAAAGGGAAUCAUGGUAAAAAAUAUAGACAGCAUCGUUCAAAGGGGUGAAAGACUUGAGCUUCUGGUGGAGAAAACAGAAGAUCUCAAUGCUACGAGUCUAACGUUCAAGAAGUCAAGCCGUGGAUUAGCAAGAGCUAUGUGUAUAAAAAACAUCAAACUGAUCAUUCUUAUCUCUAUAAUUGGAAUCGUCGUUAUUUACUUCAUCGUGUCUUUCGCGUGCGGUUUUGAUUGGAAAUGCGGUAAAUAGCUCAUGGAAAAAUGCUGGAAAUCCACAGUUGACAAUUGAUUUGCAAAGACGUCUUAGUGUAGAAUUCCCCACUUUUCUAUAAAUUAAUUGUAUUUUCGUAGUUGUAAUUACGUAAUUGUGAGCGAUUGUAUUUUUCCUGCACCUAGAAAAGAAUGACCAAGAUACUUUACAGAGCUCACAAUAUAAAAUUCUUAAAGAAUAAAAUGGGGACCAUUCACCGUUUUCAAAUAGCCUAUAAGUUUCUAAUGUUCGCAGUUAGCCAUCGUUCCCUCCAGUCUAUGUUUUACUUCACAUAACAUGCCUUCUGUUUUUUGUUCUUUGGUGUUACGGCCUUUAAUUGCCAUAGUCUAUGCUUAACUGCUUUACAGCUCUGUAUCAAUUCUCAGAGUCAUGAGCUUCAAAAGUACCACUUAGGCCCCAUUUAGUACGAUAAUUGUUUUCUCUUGGGCUUUAGCUGUGGCUGUUUGGCUAUUGAAUAUUAAAACAAAUUUUUCUUUUUUAAUUAAAUAAUCAAGUUUUUUUAUUGGAUAAAUUAAAAUAUUCAAUGUCUGAAGUGAUGUGGACUUUCUUUGUAUUGUAAUACGUUUAAAGGAGAAAUAAACUAAAUAAUGUCAAACAUGUUCAUCUUAGUCUACGACACUAUUUGUAUCACUACACAUUUAUAACUGCACACUUCAGGAGUUCAUAUGAUUGGUUGUUCAUAAAUAAAAUUAUUCUUCCGUUGUAAUAUUUUGAUAUUUCAUCGCGAAAAGUAACAAUUGUUGAUUCAUUUGUACGAUAAAUUUGAAUUUUCAUGAUUCCAAAGCAUUUUCUGUUAUAAAUGACACCUAAAUUGAAUUUUCAAAUCAUCGUGAAGAGAUGUAAUUCUUUUAUGGAAACAUUGAUUGACUUCGAUUU